AUGUUCAGCAACAGUGCGGUGGUCCCCAAGGAUAUGGAGAACCUCAGGGAUACGGUGGACCUCCAGGAUAUGGCCCACCGCAACGGCGAUACCCCUAGUAACAAUAUGGCUCGCCACAGCCGCAGUACCCUCCGCAACAAUACGAUCCAUAUGUUUCGCCGCCAUCGUAUGGGGAACAACAAGAUGGCAACGUCCAAGAUCCACUACCUCAGCUCCCCGAUCACCAGUCAAGCGAACCCCAACCCGGCGGUGUUCCUCGUGAGUACCGAAACUAAGGCUGGCCAUCAGAGAUUCAGCGAUGAAAACAUGAGCCCGUUCGUCCGCGUCCGGAUACCAGAGAUGGAGCGACAUUACGGAAUCACCCAUCACGAAUGGCUUAUCUUUCUCGACGAAUUCAACGAAGCAUGGAUGGCCAAUCCAGCUCUCCAAGCCGCCAACAAAGCAGGCAACGUUGCCGGCAUGGCCCCCUCCAUGAUCGCACAGAUAGUCGAUGCGGGAGUCAACGUGGCUGCUGGUAUCGGCUCGUCAGUUACCACCAAAGCGCGGACGAAGAAGUACCUGGAAAAUGCGAACAAAGACCUCUUUAAUCCAAAGGGAUUGAAAUGUUCAAGUCUGCAAGACGGAGAAGAUGCUCGAUAUAAGCAGGCAUUUGAGUACACGCAGAUGAACGCUCCGAUGGUUCAGGGAAGGAACAAUCCUACGAUGCAGCGCAUGAGGUCGCUGGGAAACCGAGUUAUGACAAUAUCAUUCGACAAUGUGGAGGCACCGACCAAGCCUGAAGGGUGGAUGAAGAAGUGGGGUGCACAUGAAGCUCAGAAGGCUGAAGAGAAGCAGAAUCAGAAGGAUUCUCGGCAGGAGCGGAGGGCAGGUAGAUGA